AUGGCCUGGAGAUCGAGUGGCACGAGUAAUAAGGAGCUUGUUGAGAAUUUGAGAAAGAACCACGUCUUCGCCAGUCAGAGAGCAUACGAUGCAAUGCUAGCAGUGGAUCGUGGAGACUUUACAAGAAAUGAUCCCUAUCAAGAUGCUCCACAAAGAAUCGGCUAUAAUGCGACAAUUUCAGCGCCACAUAUGCACGCAGCUGCUCUCGACUACCUCCAGAACCACCUGGUCUCAGGUGCCAAUGCUCUCGAUGUUGGCUCAGGAAGUGGUUAUCUGACAGUUUGUAUGGCGAAGAUGGUUGGAACCACCGGAACUGUAGUGGGAAUCGAGCACAUGGGAGGGCUGGUGGAGUUGAGCAAGAAGAAUAUCGAGAAGCAUCACAAAGAGAUGUUGGAUAGUGGAAAUGUGGUUUUGGUGGAGGGAGACGGUCGUCAAGGAUUUGCCGAAAAGGCUCCAUACAAUGCGAUUCACGUCGGUGCAGCUGCGAAAGGAGUCCCCAAAGCACUAACCGAUCAACUCGCUGAAGGAGGAAGAAUGAUGAUUCCGGUGGAAGGAGAAGAUGGAAAUCAAGAGUUCAUGCAAAUUGACAAAAUCGAUGGCAAGAUUGAGAAGAAAACUGUAGAGCAUGUGAUCUACGUACCAUUGACAAGUCGCGAUAAGCAGUGGAGUGGACAUCGUUGA